AUGUAUUCCAUUGAUGACGAGCCAAUUGUCGAAGAUAUAUUCAUUCCACAAUCUCUUUUGAAUACAGUAUCAAGAAGGGAAAACGCGGUUGAAGGGGCCCAUAGGGCGAUUUCUCCUUCCGACCAUCCUAGCAACCAAACUGACGAGAUUCACAUUCAGAAGAGGAACCACCGUACAAUAAGCUGGGCAACUAAGGUAGCGGACAGACGGGAAGCUCCACAGCGCGCAGCAAGUUACUCAUCGGUUUUGGAGGAGGGAAGGAGGCAGUUGCAUCAACUCCAAGGUCCAAGUGUUCCUCCACAUAUUCGAGGGAUAACCUCCAGCCUUCACCUUAACUGGAGUGAUUCGAUACAUCCGCCGCAAUUUCUGGAACAGGAUCCCUUUUCAGACAGCAGUGUACACGUGUCACGGAUAGAACAAAACAGCCGGUCACCUUUGCCCUUACCGCGACUCGAUAACGUCGCUAGGAAGACACUGGGUGACAGUGUGAGGAGCGUGUACAACAGGGCAAACCUUGUCAAAAUUAAACACCAACGCAGGUACUGGAUCCGGCUGUUGAUCGAAUAUUCGGCAUAUACCACCGGUGUUGCUUUUGUAUAUUUCGUUCUUGUUGGACGGCCAUUGUGGAAAGGUGCUGUAUACUGGCUCUAUUGGGUGAUGCAGCGUAAGUUCGUAUUCGCCGGUGGCUGGGCAAUCUUUAUCUUUCUGCUUGUCUUCUAUUCCUUUGCGCCGCUUCUUCUCACCUUUGAGAACGACUUCCCUGGGCCAGAUUAUUACCAAACACGUCGUAUUGGCCCAACUGCCCCAGACACGGCUCUUCUGAUCCCAUGCUAUAAGUCUGGUUCCAUUGUUGGUCGGACUCUGGAAGCUGCCUUGAAAAUCUUUCCAGCCUCGCAGGUCUAUGUGAUUGCCAAUGGUAACUCUCCCACUCCAUUAGACAAUACCGAGGAGGUAUGCAAAGUUUACGGCGUCAACCAUAUCUGGUGUCCCGUUGGUUCCAAAAUAGUCGCCAUCUUUAUCGGCUGUCAUGCAGUCAAAUCCUUUCGCCACGUCCUGCUCAUCGAUGAUGAUUGCAUCCUGCCCCCGCACUUUCCUGUGGUCGUCUCCCGAUUGACCGAGAAAGUCCGUUGCAUUGGGUACACAAUCAAAUCCGUUGGCCCCAACUCUCUCCCGGGAUCAUAUUGUCAACAGGCCCAAGACCUUGAAUACAAACUAGCUGGCUUACAGCGCAGUUUCGCAGGACGCAUUGGCAGCGCGACCUUCCCCCAUGGAGCUAUAUCCUUAUGGCAAAGGGCGUUCUUGAAGGAGACUCUCCAGCACCAUCCAGGUUUCUCCAUUAGUGAGGAUUGGUUCAUGGGAAACAGUUGCCGGCGGCUCGGAGGAAGAAUUCAAAUGUGCAGUGCUGUCUUCGUCGAGACUACCGCCCCGGCUGCUCUCGUCUUUGUUGAUCGGAACUCAAGCAGAGGCGGCUUCGGCGAAAUGACCGUUUUCAAGCAGAGAUUUCUGCGGUGGAACUUUUUUGUGGCAAAUGGGAUAUGUUAUAAUCUAUUGUACCUUUUUGGGUCUUGGAAGUUGGGCAAGUGGGAACUGGGUGCGAAGCUCUUCGUCAUUCAAGAGGUCUAUGAGAGCCUGCUGUAUGUGCUCACGCCAUUUAUACUCCCCAUUGGGUUUGUCGUCCGCCCCGUGUUUUGUGGUGCCCUCUUGGGGGCAACUGUGGCUUUGUACUUGUUCAAUGCCAUCAUCUUCAACGAAUUUCAUCUGCGUCUGAAGGACGAGCGGAUCGAAUGGAAUGUUGUUCUCUGGUACUAUAUGCCUUACAAGAUCUUCUUAGGUCUUACAAAUGUUGCCAGUUGCUAUUAUUCACUGUUCAAAUAUGCACGGUAUUUUGCAAAGCGACGUCCCAAACUCACCGAAGACCACAAAGCUGUUGGGAUGGUGCUGAGAUUGGAGGAGAUUGCAGAGAGUCGCCGACGACGCGGCAAAUUGGGCAGGAGGAUGACUGUCAGGUCCCUUGGUGUACGGAAGAAAAAUGAUAGUUUAUUGGUACCUGUUGUGAUCUAUCGCGUAGCUUGGAGAAAGCUGCUUAGAAUAUGA